AUGGAUUCUCAAAUAACGCCUGCGCCUUUUAUUGCCCAGCAGUAUACAAAUGACAAGAAGAUCCAUGUGUUACUAGCAGCCGCUACCAUCAAGCUGCCCGACAUUGCAGAGGCGCUAUGUCGUAAUAAGAACAUCUCAGUCCGCAUCCUAGUUACCGAGCCAGCGGAAAAGUUCCUCGUUGGGCAGAGCUCGGAGCAACUGGUCCUCGACAGUCUGCUACAAAUAGAUGGUAUCGACGCUAUCUACCGGGACAAAGAUGAAUGGUCUCCGUCGUGGACACGCGGAGGACCAGUCUUGCAUAUUGAGCUGCGCAAAUGGGCGCAUAUUCUACUGGUUGCCCCGUUGUCUGCAAAUACCAUGGCGAAAAUGGUUAAUGGGAUCGCCGACAACCUGCUUCUCUCCGUCAUCAGGGCCUGGGAUACAACUGGGGUAGUGGAUAUGGGAUUCAAGACUCAGAAAUCUAUGAUUUUUGCAGCGUUGGACAUGGACACAUGUGCGUACCGACAUCCAGUGACCAAGAAGCAGCUUAAAGUUCUUCGUGACCAGUGGGGAUGGAGUGAAUCAAAUCCAGAAGGCUGGGUGACUGUUCUGCCUCCCAUAGAGAAGAGCCUGGCCAGUGGAGAUGUCGACACCGGAAGCAUGAUGGACUGGAGAGAUAUCGUCACUGCCAUCCAAAACUACGUGGCGGGGUCGUUGCAGAUGCCUUGA